AUCAAAGACAAAUUAGAUGGCAAUCAUUUGGAUUUGAGUUUAUGCAGUUUAACUAAGAUUCCUGUUAAAGAAUUGUCGAUGAUUCCUAAAGCAAAUCAAGUCGAUCUCAGCUGCAAUCAAUUAACCAGUAUUCCGGAAUCAUUUUGCACCUUGUCCUAUAUCGUAAUGUUGGAUUUAAGUAGUAACAAGUUAACAAGCUUGCCGUCGCAUUUUGGUCAACUUCGUAAUCUGAAAAAAUUAGAGUUAUACCGCAAUCAAUUAACCGAUUUACCAAGUAGCAUGUUUAAAUUAGCAAACUUAAAAUGGUUAGACUUAAAAGAUAAUCCUCUUAAUCCAGAAUUAAAAGGCAUCGCUGGUAACUGCGUGACAGAAAACGAAUGC